AUGCGUGUCACCUCCAUCUUCCUCGCCGCCGGCCUCGCGCUGUUCGCCAAUGCCCAGACCACCACUGGCGGCGACUCCGCCAGCAAGACCGUGGACGCUGCCACCGCCGCCCAGACCUCUGCUCAGGCUGAGAUGCUCCGCUGCCUCAACGCCUGCGACGCCGACGACGUGAACUGCCGCGCCAAGUGCAUCGCCGUGCCCUCCCCCAACGACCAGCAGGCCAACGCCACCAACACCUGCGUCGCCGGCUGCCCCGUCGGCAAGGGCACCGAGGCCGACAACAACGCCUACGCCAAGUGCGUGGGCGACUGCAUCGGCCAGAACUACUACACCCCGACCAUCGGCACCCCGCAGCCCACCGGCGGUUCCAACAGCGGCAACGGCAACAACGGCAACGGUAACGGCAACAACAACAACGGCAACGGCAACAGCGACGGCGACAACAACGGCAACAACGACGACGCCACCAACACCGGCGACAGCGAGGGCUCCCAGACGUCCGACAGCCCCUCGACGACCGAGUCCACGGGCGCUGCCGCGCUCCUCGGCGUGUCCUCGGGCGUCGUCGGUGCCGUUGGGUUCGUGGCUGCCAUCAUGGCUCUGUAA